AUGUCUUCCGCAGGACAACGUCUCUCGUCAGUGCUGUCGCAUCUGAAUCCGCUGUCCUCUGAGAGCAGUAGGAGAAACAAGGUACUGCAGAAGAACGCUGAUGAUGUGGUCAUCACAUACGCCGUCCGGACACCUCUUACGAAAGCGAGGAAGGGCGGCCUCAAGGACACCAACAUCGAUGAUCUGCUCAUCUCGCUCCUUACGACCGUCCGCGAACAAUCCAAUGUCGACCCAGCCUUGAUCGAGGACAUCUGCAUGGGCAACGUCCUCGCCCCGGGGCCAGGAUACGUAAUCCGUGCGUCCGUCCUCGCGGCUGGCUUUCCGACGACAGCAGCAGCCUCGGUCGCGAACCGCUUCUGUUCCUCCGGCCUCCUCGCCAUCCAACAGAUAUCCAACCAGAUAAUAGCGGGCAGCAUCGAUAUCGGCAUGGCGAUUGGCGCCGAGAGCAUGUCUACGUGUCCGGACGGGGGGUUUCCCGCGGGCGCCAGCCCGAAGAUCUUGAACCACGAGAUUGCAGGCCAGAACGUGAUGCCGAUGGGACAGACGAGCGAGAACGUCGCGGGGGAUUUCGGCAUCAGCCGGGAGAAGAUGGAUGCCUUUGCGGCGAGGAGCUUCCAGAAGGCGGAGGAGGCGCAGAGGGAGGGCUGGUCCCGGGAUGAGAUUGUGCCUGUGACGGUCAGCUUCAAAGAUCCCCAGACGGGAGAGGCCAGGCCGAAGACGAUCACUCUCGACGAUGGCAUCAGAGCUGGGACCACAGCCGAGUCGCUGGGCAAGAUCCGCGCCGCGUUCCCGCAGUGGGCGCCCAGUCACACCACCGGCGGCAACGCGUCGCAGAUCACCGACGGCGCGGCGGCGCUCGUGUUGAUGAAGCGGAGUAGGGCCCAGGCGCUGGGCUUGAAGAUUGUGGGCAAAUAUGUGCAGUCUACCGUUGUGGGAUUGGCCCCGCGCAUCAUGGGAAUCGGGCCAGCCUAUGCCAUCCCGAAAGUGUUGGAGAAGGUCGGGCUGGAGAAGGCGGAUGUGGAUGUUUUCGAGAUCAACGAGGCUUUUGCCAGUAUGGCCGUUUACUGUGUUGAGACACUGGGACUUGAUCCUGAGAAGGUCAACCCGCGAGGAGGAGCUAUUGCCCUCGGACAUCCCCUCGGUGCCACAGGGGCUCGCCAAGUUGUUACAGCCCUUUCAGAACUCCGGCGCCAGGAUAAGCGGAUUGCGGUCACGUCGAUGUGUGUUGGAACGGGCCAAGGUAUGGCAGGCGUAUUUGUAUCCGAGCACUGA